CGCAAAGACAAACACCAAGUCCAACCAUCACAAUGCAGUUACACCAUCUCGCCAUCGCCGGUCUCGCCGGCCUCGCCGCCCGCGCCGCCGGCCAGCAGGUCCAAGGCUUCAACUACGGCGCCACCAACAACGACGGCUCGUGCCGGGGUUACGCCGACUUUGUGCGCUUCUUCAACGAGGCCAAGUCGCUCGCCGGCGCCCCAAGCUUCACCUCGGCCCGCCUCUACACCUCGAUCCAGUGCGGCACCGCGGCCGACCCCAUCUCGGCCUACCAGGCCGCCAUCGACACCGACACGUCCAUCCUCGUCGGCUUCUGGGCGAGCGCGGGCCGCGCCGUGUUCGAGAACGAGCUCAACUCGCUGCUGAGCGCGGUGCGGACACACGGCGACGCCCUGACGUCGCGCAUCGUCGGCAUCAGCGUCGGCUCCGAGGACCUCUACCGCAGCAGCCCGCAGGGCGUCGCCAACGACGCGGGCCAGGGCGCGACGGGCGCCGAGAUCGAGGGCUACCUGGGCUGGGCGCGCGACUGGUUCCGCGGCACGGCGCUCGAGGGCAAGCCGCUGGGCCACGUCGACACGUGGACGGCGUGGGUGCUGCCCGAGAACGCGGGCGUGGCCGCGUCGGUCAACUGGCUGGGCCACAACUCGUUCCCCUACUGGGAGAACGCGCGGCCCAACGCCAUCGAGCAGGCCGAGGACAACUUUUGGUCCGCCGUGCGCGAGACCGAGCGCAUCGCCAACGGCAAGCCCGUCUGGGUCACUGAGACGGGGUGGCCGCACCGUGGCCCGACGCAGCGCGCGGCCGUGCCGUCGCCCGAGAAUGCGAGGACGUACUGGAGCCAGGUCGGCUGCACGCUGUUCAACAACCGCAACGUCUGGUGGUACACGCUCAAGGACGCCAACACGGCGCAGGUCGACAUUUCCUUUGGCAUCACUCCCAUCGACAGCUCGACUCCCAUUUUUGAUUUGAGCUGCUAA